AUGCACCACGCCGGGGACGACGAAGUCGAGGCCCCCGCUUCCCAACGAGAACGAGAACCAGGGGCGAGGGCGGCCACCACCCGGGCGGUGGUGCCCCUCCCGUUGGCCGGCGUGGGCGGCGGCGGCGGCCCCGUCAGCCCGACCGGCGGCGGCGUGGACGACGGCCACGAGGAGAAGGGCGACGAGGGGUCGGGGUCGGGGCGGAGGAGGCGGACUACGCGGCAGACGGCCACGAGCCGCGGCGACAGCGAGAAGGGGCCGCACCCACAUGCGGGCACGGAGGGGCGCAAGCGGCUCGCCAUCGACGCGAGCUUCAAGCGCGAGGGCCACCUCAGCAAGCUGGGCAACAACCUGCGCGGCGACUGGCGCACCCGGUGGUUCGUGCUCAAUACCGAGUACGGCACACUCGACUACUACGCCCACCACGGGGACGACCAGCCCAAGGGGUCGAUCGGAUUGCUCACGGCAGCCGUCUCCACCGUGCCCAACCGGAAGCACUGCUUCUCCAUCGUGACGUCCAACCGCUCCUACUGCGUCACCGCGGACAACGAGGCGGACAUGAAGGGGUGGAUGGAAGCCAUCCAGGCCGCCCACACUCAAGCCAACCUGCUUCUCGGUCGGGGCGUCAUCGUCAGCCCCGUCUCAUCGGCGGUGGCGGCUGUGUGGGAGCAGGGAGCUGGGACGGGCGUCCUGAUCGCGGGCCACCUCACGAAGCAGGGCAAGAACGUGCUGGGCGACUGGCGGCGGCGCUGGUGCAUCCUGCGCACCGACGCCCUCCACUACUACAAGUCCGAGUCCGACACGUCGACCCACAAGGAGAUGGGCAAGAUCGACAUGCUCGUCGCUUCCGAGAUGCUGGAGUGGAUCGGCCGGAUACGCGAGUCGUCGGAGAGCCUGCUCAAUGCCCUGCCCCUCGACGCUUCGUCGUCCUCCUCCUCCUCUUACCCCCUCAUGGCUGCUCCCUCCGGCGGCGAUGGCGAUGCUGGCCCGCCCGCCCUGGACACUCCUGUGAACCGCCUGCGGAAGGGGACCAAAGCGCUGUCGGAGCUGCUCCUCCUGCCCGCCAACCAGGUCUGCGCCGACUGCGACCAGUGCGCGCCGCGGUGGGCGUCGGUGACCCUGGGCGUGUUCGUGUGUAUCGAGUGCUCGGGCAUCCACCGCUCGCUGGGCGUGCACCUCUCCCGCGUACGCUCAGUGGACCUCGACACCUGGGACGCACCCAGCACCCGGGAGGCCUGGAUCAGGGCCAAGUACAUCGACCGCGUGUUCGCGCGUCCCGACCACGCCGCCGCCGCCGCCUCCUCGGUGCUCCCGGACGACACGCCCUCCCCAGCCGCCAGUCCUCGGCAGGGCAAGGAAGGGUGGCUCACCAAGCAGGGCAGCAAUCGGUCGUGGAAGAAGCGGUGGUUCGUGCUGCGCGAGGACGGCCUCCACUACUACAAAUCGCAGAGCGACGAGACGGCGGCGGGGGUCCUCAGCCUGUCCAGCGCUGCUGUGCGCCCCACUGUGGCCGCCCGCCAACCAGACUACGCCUUCGAAAUCCUCACCAAGAACCGGGCGUACCUCCUGCACGCCGACUCAGAGGAGGACGUGGAAGAGUGGGUGGCCCUCCUCGCACGCGCCGCGAAUCGUUCCUACCACGCGAGCCCCGUCUUCGCCUCGGCCACUGCUGCUGCUACGGCCCACCACCACCACCACCACCAGGAGGAGGAGGAGGCUCCUACUCCAGCGUUGUCGGGAGGGACCUCUCGCGGACUCAUCGGGCACGAGGAGUAG